GAAGAAGGUGGCAGUGAUAGGAAGAAGAGGUGUUGGUUGCUGCAUUAUUUGCGCAACAAAGGAGAGAGUGGAAAUGUGGCAAGGGCAGAGUGGAACCAACGCAUAGAGUAGAGAGAAAUUGCGACUGUUACAUUACACAAAGUUCUUUGGUUGUUGUGUAUAAUAUUAUAGUAAUAUCCAUUUAUGUAUUUUAUCAUAUGAUUUCUUGUCUGGAAUAUGCCUGGGUUACUGUUAUGACCAAUCUCUCCGUCUCUCUUGCCCUUUCUGCCCUUUUUUUCUGUUUCAAACUGCCCAUCCUGCCCGUUGUUGAACACUUUCCCUCUUUCUCAAGCACCCCUCUCUCUCUUUCUCUCUCUCAAACCUGCUUUUGACUAAACUUCGCAACUGGGUAUCACUGGUUUUCACUUGUGAUCCAUUAUUUCUUUUGUUUUUUAUGGGUUCAAAUGAUUUGAAGUGAGAUGCUUUGAAAUGGGUUCUCUCUGUUGCUAUUAGUUUUGGUGCUUUUCAUCUAGUUUUCGUGAAGAUGGGUUUGGGUCCUGAUUCUGUAAAGGUGAAGAAUUUUGAAGAUAAAUCAAAGAGCAAGAAGAAGAAGGAAGAUGAGGGGAGUAGAAAAGAGAAGGAGAUUGGGUGUUGGGCUAAAUUCAGCUUGAUGGGAGGUUGCAUGCCUAAAAGAUCAAAAGUUGAUAGCUCUCUAAGCGGAAUCACUACUCAGUAUGUGCAAUCUAAAUCUACAGAUGAGAAGAGCACAGACCAACCAGUUGUUCCUGUGAUGUCCUUUACAACUAGUAAUGGAGAAAGUACCUCAUCCACUCCAAAAUUCAGUGAGGAACUGAAGCUUGCAUCUCAGCUCCGAAAGUUUACAUUCAACGACCUUAAAUUAGCGACUAGGAAUUUCAGGCCAGAGAGUCUUCUUGGGGAGGGUGGUUUUGGUUGUGUCUUUAAAGGGUGGGUCGAGGAGAAUGGAACUGCUCCUGUGAAACCUGGCACAGGGCUUACAGUUGCAGUGAAAACCCUCAACCAUGAUGGACUUCAGGGUCAUAAGGAGUGGCUUGCUGAAGUUAGUUUUCUUGGCAACCUUCUCCAUCCCAACUUGGUUAAAUUGAUUGGUUAUUGUAUUGAAGAUGAUCAGAGGUUACUGGUGUACGAGUUUAUGCCAAGAGGAAGUUUGGAGAACCACCUCUUCAGAAAAGGGUCCUUGCCUCUUCCAUGGUCAAUCAGAGUGAAAAUUGCACUUGGUGCUGCAAAGGGUCUUGCCUUCCUUCAUGAAGAGGCUGAAAGAUCGGUGAUAUAUCGUGAUUUUAAAACAUCUAAUAUCUUAUUAGAUGCGGAUUACAAUGCCAAGCUCUCUGAUUUUGGACUUGCCAAAGACGGUCCUGAGAGUGGUAAAACUCAUGUAUCUACUCGAGUAAUGGGAACAUAUGGCUAUGCUGCCCCAGAAUAUGUGAUGACUGAGAAUCAUAUUUCACUUGGGAAUUCAAGAAGGGUGGUGAAAAGAACUACAAAAUUGACAAUGGAAGGAGUAAACUUAUAUGAAUUGAAGAAGAAGGAAAAUAAAGCGUUGAAACCUAAUUGUGAUGUACAGAUUAGAGUGUGAAUAGACACUGGCAGGUGGUAUAGGAGCCCAAGUGAAUGAAACAUAUAGUUGCUGCUAGAAAUAUCCCAAAUAUGACAUAAAUCAGUACAAGCACCAACUUAGAGGGUGAAUUUUAGUCAACAUCGCGUGUGGUGAGAUUUUUGAGUGAUGAUAUGAAGUAAAAAUGAAGGAUAAAAUGGAUCUGUCUAUGCAAAGUUCCCUUCUUGUUCAUUAAAUUAAUGUUAGAAUUUCAAAAGUCGGUUUGUAACCCUAAUAAAAUUAAAGUUGUUCAUUUCUUAUAAUAAAAAUGAAUACAUUUAAAUGAGAUACCAAGAAUCAUACCCUAUUAAAUAAUUUUAACAUGUGGAAAUUUUGAAAUGCCACAUGGAAGAAACACAAACUUUUCACUGGGUGACCUCUUAAUAAUCAUUUUCAUACCUCAGCUUUGCAUAGAUACGUAUCAAUAGAUAUAUAUAUGGAUGGAUAAGUGAAAGAAAGUUUUACGUCCUCCUUUUCACUGCAUUAUUCACAUGUUUUUGGAGAUGCCACAACCACCAUCACCAAGGGCUGCAGAGAGGAGUGUGGGGUCUCUUUUCAAAAAUAAACUUCUUUCCUCCUGUUUGUUAAUGGGGGCAUAAUGAUGGUGGGCCUCGACUGAUCUGUUGGCUUUCAUUCUUGCUUGUCUUCUAUGGCAUUGUCAUAUUCAGAAGUGAUAAUAGUGAAUAUUUUACUGAAAUUUGUUAUACUAUAAUAAUUUUAGUCAUGAACUUUUAAGAUUCAGGCUUCAAGCCCAAUGACAUAAAGGCCGUUUGGCCUUGUGGGCAGUUUGGCUUAAAUGCUAGUGAAGCCUGGCAGAACCUAAGUUCCAGUUGGCAGAGUUGUGUUUCAACCCAAGCUUGAACCCUUUUAUUUAUGACAAGCAGAGCUUGAGCACUCAGAAAUUUGGCUUGUCCUGGCUCUUUUCCACCGCCAAAGUUGCUCCUUCACUUGAGGAUGGAGGCAGCCAUACAAAACUUGACUUAUGUGCAUAAAUUAUCAGAUCUCCAAACUAAUUUUCAUUACUGGCUGUUCGUUUGUCUUUUUGUGGAACAUUGCCUGUCAUUUUUCCAAAUUCCUAAUUGUGGUUUGUUUUGUUUAAAGCCCUGCUAUUGUCCAUUGUAUCAACGGUGCUUAUUUUUGACAUAAAAAGUCUAUGAAGACAGUUAUAACAUUGCGGAGUUGGUAUUAACCUCACAAGAUUAUUUGACAUGCCCCUGAUUAUGUCAUUUAGUAAUCUACUGUAUUUGAAACUUUCGCAUUACUAUUAUUACAACUAGCUCUACCUUGAUAAUAAGUACAUUGGUUAGUAGAAAUCUUCCAUACAAAAGUCAUGGAUGCACUGUUUGCUCAUUAUCUAAUGUUAUGCUGCUAAUUCCUUAUUG